AUGGAUGAGGGAGACGAUUAUGUACCACAGAUUUCACAGCUUGACUAUUCAUUGGUCGAUAGCGGACAAAACAUUUUGCAAAAUGAUCCCGGUAUUUAUAGUCCACCACCACCUCAAAUACCGUUACAGCAUCUUCAGUACGGUAAUGAGGCCGCAACAAUGCAUCAUCCGUGCCAGUUACCUGGUCAAAUGGCUCCUCAAAGUAUGCAACAGCAACAGGUGAUACAGCCUACUCAAGUACCACAACCAACUGUGCAGAAGCCGAAAGUUCAGAGACGUCGCAAGAACGCAACAGCUAAUGUUGAGCAGCAAGCUUUAACUGGUCAAGCAAUGCUUCCACCUUCAUCAAUACCGCCUAGGCAACAGUACAUGAAUAAUAUGACACCAAUGCAGAGUAUGGCAGCAAUGUCUCAAAAUCCCUUAAUGUCCCACAUGCGAUCUGCAGGACCAGGACCACAAGUACAACAACAGAUGAUGUCUGGAAAGCAUCAUGUAUCGAAUGAUAUGCCACCAAUACGUCAUCCAGGUCUACCACCAAACGUUCAUGAUCCAUAUCAUCAUCAUCAUCAGCAGCAGCAGCAAUGGUUUCAACAGCGGCAAUUUCGCGUUCCGAAUAGUUAUCCACCGCAACAUCAGAUGUAUUCAGCGCAACAACGUCCACCCAUGAAUCAGGUGAUGCCUCAACAGACCUUUUAUUCGCAACAACAACAAAUACAACAAGAUGCUCGAAAUCCGAUGUAUUAUCAACCACAUCAAAUGUAUGAACAAGUGCCACGUUAUCCACCAUCUAUGGGUCCACAACUUGGCCAUUCACAGCAGUAUUAUUCGGAACAAGGCCAGAAUUUCUAUCCAUCUCCAAAUCAUAUGAUGCAACAAUCAUCGCACUCACAUGCCAUGACAAUGCAUCAGCAAGUACCUUCUGGAACUGGUGAUUGGCAACAACAUAGCACUAAUUCGCAACAGCGCUAUGCUUCACAACCACAGUAUUCACCGUCUACCAGUAUUCAGAUUGAAAUACAGCAGGUUCAACAACAGCUACAAUCGAUGUAUGAAAUUCCAAAUAGAAAUAUGCAAAUAGCACAACAGAUUGAACAGUUACAACUUCGUUUACAAUAUUUACAGCAAUGCUACAUGAACGAAUGUCAUGGUGGUGCACAACGAAACGAACAGCCUGUAUCCGUGAUGCAGAGAGGCUCCGAAGUACAGGUCAAUAUAAAACCGGAUAUGCCAGGUCAUACUCUGAUUAGCGUCUAUCACCAAUAUCCGCCUAAUUCAGCUCCAGCAACAAGUGUACCACCAACAGAAAAUGUCAUUGUAAAAGACUGUGUUCCGCCAGAACCGAUUCCAUCGCGUUCUCGUACUCCAGUUGAGGAUCCAUCUGCGCCCAAUGUUAUCAGUGUUGCUUCAAGUCGUACAUCGAAUACGUUAAAUAAUUCAAUGUCGUUUAUGGAACCACAAGCACCUAUGGUUUCAGGUGGGAAUACAACAUUUUCAGCUUAUAAUGUGCAACAGCAGCAACAGAGUUUAUUCCAGCAUGUUGUAGAACCUAAUGGAGCAUCAGCAACAUUGAAGUGCCAAGAUCAGCCCAAAUAUGAGGAAAUACCUGAAUCACAACAGCAGCAACCAGGUGAUACUCGAGCUAAAUUAGAACAAGAAUCAGAAAUUACUGAUGUAUUAUCUACCACUAACAUUAUUGUUCCUCCCGCUUGCGAAAUUUUAGUUCCUAACAGAGAUAGCGAACAAGAUACCUUGUCAGAAAUUGUGACAAAGAAAGCAGGAGAAAAUAGUGAUGAUUCGACUACUAAUCAUUUUGCAAUGGAAAUGCGACAGAGAAAAGUAGUGGAUUCACAGCAGCAAAUAACUAAUACUGCACAGUCAUCAGAAAAAAAGACAUGUCUAUCAGCUGAUAAAUUGUCUGAUACAGAAGGAUCUAAGACGCACAUAAAACCAGCUACAAAUUUGAAAAAAAUUGUAAAAAACACUUUAAAAACCGGUGAGAGAUCGAAAAAUUCAAGAAUGGAAGUUAAUGUUCAGGAUUCGAUCAACAAAGAACUAGAUCCUGAGAAAGAGUCAGACGUUGAAAAGGUUGAAAUCAAGAAAGAAAAUACUGAAGAUUUCUCAAACGGAAUAGAAGAGGCAGAUGAGAAGUCAAAGAAGGAGAACGAAUCAGAAGUUAGUGAGAAACAGGAAAGUGUAUCAGAUGCGGAAGUAGAUAAAAGUCGUGAAUUAAAUAAAUGGAAAAGCUGUAAAGGUCAAGGCGAGAAAGCUGAAGUCAAGCUUAGAAAAGACGGACAUUCAAAGAAACGAGCUAAGGUCAGUCAGGAUGAAGAACUCAUGGAAAUCUCCACCAAAGCAACAACAAUCUCUCAGGAAAGUGCCGAAGAAGAGGAGAAACAGGAAAUAAAUGAAACUGAUAAGGCGGCAUCUUCAGAAAAGCCGAAACGAAGAAGAGGGCGACAUCCAAAACGAGGACCGGGUAAAAAGCGGAAAAUUGAGGAAGAAGGAGAAAUCGGAGUAGAAGUAGAUGACGAAGAAUUUAUCCCUGAUUCUAACCGUAGAACACGGAAACGACCACGUACAAGGCGGCUCGUGGCUGCAGAACGUGAUGAUACUUCUUUCGAGUACGUAGAAAAGCGGCGGUCUGGUCGUUCGAUAAAUGUUGAGAAAAAAAGCUAUGAUUUACAAGCAAAAUGGGAUGAAAUGGAUGAAGAAAUCGGUGAAGAUGUUCAAAGUCGAAAAGAAAAAAAACCGGAAGAACAAAGUGAAUUUAUUAUCGAAAAAAUUAUGAGUAUGAAGAAAAACGAGGAUGGACCAGAUUUAUAUUUCGUUAAAUACAAAAACAAGGCCUAUAUUCACUGUCAGUGGAAGUCUCAAUGUGAUCUGGAAGCUGGAGAUCGUCGGGCUGCAGCAAAGCUAAAACGCUUCCAUCAAAAGCGAGCUCAUAGUUCCGAUCAAGACGAGGAUGAGCAGUUCAACAGUGAUUUUGUAAUUGUUGAACGAGUAUUGGAUGCCAACGAAUUGGAGGGAAACGACUUUGUUCUCAUUAAAUGGAAAUCUUUACCAUAUGAAGAAGUUACAUGGGAGAAAAUAGAAAUUAUUCCGGACGAUAAAAUUGAAGCAUAUAAACGACGAAAUACUUAUGAUCCCUUGAAAUUGAAACCGAAGCCACAUCCAUCAGCCUCAGAUUGGUCUAAAAUUCCUGAAGAUAUAACCUUCAAAGAUAAUAACCGACUUCGAGAAUAUCAAUUUGAAGGUGUAAAUUGGCUUUUAUACUGUUACUAUAAUAAACAAAACUGCAUUUUGGCCGAUGAAAUGGGCUUAGGAAAAACAGUGCAAACAAUAUGUUUUCUGCAACGAGUUUAUGAUUACGGAAUUCAUGGACCAUUUUUGAUUGUUGUCCCGUUGUCUACAAUUCAUAAUUGGCAACGUGAAUUCGAAACAUGGACCGAUAUGAAUACCAUUGUUUAUCAUGGGAGUGCAUCCAGUCGUCAAAUUAUUCAACAAACUGAAUUUUAUUAUCGGCCGGAAGAUCUGAAGGGGGGUAAACGUAAUGUUGUCAAAUUUGAUGCUUUAAUUACCACCUUCGAAAUGGUUGUUAGUGACUGUGAUGUCCUCAAGCAGAUUAGCUAUCAAGUAUGCAUUAUUGAUGAAGCACAUCGAUUAAAAAAUCGAAAUUGCAAAUUACUUACCAGUGGAUUGCUUUCAUUAACCGCAGAACAUCGUGUACUCUUAACAGGAACACCGUUGCAAAACAAUAUUGAAGAACUAUAUUCACUUCUGAAUUUUCUUGAACCAGAACAAUUUCAUAGUUCAUCUGCUUUUCUUGAGCAGUUUGGCCAAUGUCAAACUGAGGAUCAGGUACAACGAUUACAAGAUAUUCUCAAACCGAUGAUGUUGCGUCGUCUCAAAGAAGAUGUGGAAAAAACGUUACAACCAAAAGAGGAGACAAUUAUUGAGAUACAAUUAUCGAAUACUCAAAAGAAAUACUAUAGGGCAAUACUAGAAAGAAAUUUCUCGCACCUCUGCAAGGGAACAUCCGUACCCUCACUGAUGAAUGCAAUGAUGGAAUUGCGAAAAUGCUGUAAUCAUCCAUUUCUUAUAAAUGGUGCUGAAGAACAGAUUCUUGCUGAAGUGAAAGCGGGACAUCCAGAUUGGAAUGAAGAUGAUAUUUAUCAGCAUGCGUUGGUGCAAUCAUCUGGUAAAUUGGUUCUAAUUGCGAAGCUGUUACCAAAAUUGCAUACAGAUGGUCAUAAAGUAUUGAUUUUUUCUCAGAUGGUCCGUGUUUUGGACAUUAUCGAAGAAUUUCUUGUUGCACAGAAUUAUACAUUUGAGCGAAUCGAUGGCAAUGUUCGCGGUGAUUUGAGACAAAGCGCUAUCGAUCGUUUCAGUAAAAAAGAUUCUGACCGUUUCAUCUUCCUGCUCUGUACUCGCGCUGGUGGUCUUGGAAUCAACUUAACGGCAGCUGAUACUGUCAUUAUUUUUGAUUCUGACUGGAAUCCGCAGAACGAUUUACAGGCACAAGCUCGCUGUCAUCGAAUUGGUCAAACAAAAAUGGUGAAAGUUUAUCGUCUAAUUACCUGUAACACAUACGAACGUGAAAUGUUCGAUAAAGCAUCAUUGAAGUUAGGCUUAGAUAGAGCCGUUCUGCAAUCCACUACUGCUUUAAAGGAUACUUCACAGCAAUUAUCACGGAAAGAAAUUGAAGAAUUGCUGAAAAAGGGAGCCUAUGGUGCGAUUAUGGAAGAAAAUGCGGAGGAGAGCAAAUUUAAUGAAGAAGACAUCGAAACAAUUCUUCUUCGCCGCACAACCACGAUAACACUUGAAGCCGGUGUGAAAGGAUCGACUUUUGCAAAGGCAUCCUUUAAUUCAUCCACAAACAGAGAAGAUAUUGAUAUCGAUGAUCCAAAUUUCUGGUCUAAGUGGGCUAAAAAGGCAAAUAUUGAUACAGAAAUGAGCCAAACAGAUAAACAGUUAAUUGUUCUUGAACCUAGAAAUCGGAAAAAGAGAUUUGAAGAAAAUGUUUACAAAUCGGAGGGUGGUGAUGAUACGGAAGGUGAAGAAAGCGAUGAUAGCAGUAAAGCUCGAAAGCGAGGUGACCGGAAAGGUGAUCGUAAGAAACGUCGUGAAGAUGAAGAAUAUCGACCAGAUGAGCUAGCUUUCAAUAAAAGUGAAUAUUUCAAGAUUGAAAAGGUACUCGGUCAGUUUGGUUGGGGUCGUUGGAAAGUGAUGCGCGAGGCGUCGGAUUUAAAGGACAGCGUUACUGAAAUUGAUAUUGAGCAUAUUUCAAGGACACUGCUGUUACAUUGUAUUCGUGAAUACCGUGGAGAUGAAAAAAUCCGUGAAUUUGUUUGGCGAUUGAUAAUCCCAAAAGGCGGUUUAGUUACUGGCAAGAAUACGGAGAAAAUGAAAAACACUGGUUUGACGUCGGUGUUCCAUGAGGGUUGGGCAGCAUUACCAGAAUACAAUCCGCCAGCUUUUGCUGUUGACUCAUCUUUCCAACGCCACGUUCAUCGACAUUCAAACAAAUUGUUGAUUCGGAUGCAUCAACUUCACAUAUUAAAUACUGAGAUAAUUGGUAGUAAGAGUGAAGCAGUAAUGAAUAAUGCAAAAGCAAAGGACAUCGAUUUAUCGGUUGAUAUGAAUGAUGCUUUCGUAGCUGGUUGGGAUGCUGAGUGUGAUAAGAGUUUCCUGAUUGGAGCGCAUAAACAUGGUCUGGAGAAUAUCGAUGCGAUGCGUAUUGAUCCAGCGCUCUGUUUUGGUUUGAAAAAAAUUGAGGUUUUCCCGAACAUCUCGGAUCUGUUGAAUCGUUUCCGGCGUCUUCUAACACAUUUCCAGAGAAAGCGGCAUGACUCAUUGACAUUUUCGACGUGGACUAAACGUGAAGAAGCGGAAUUCAUGCGUGUACUGAGAAGUUAUGGAGUUAAGGAUGAUCCAUCAACAAUUAUUUUCUGGACACGUUUCAGACAGCUUUCUCCACUUCUAGAAAAGAAAACUGAUAGUGAUUUAAUGGAGCAGCUAUAUUGCGUAUUGUCAAUGUGCACAAAACAGCUCGGCAAUGAAAUAACUGCCGUUGAUUUACAACGAGCCCUAAAGGUGGAAGCGAUUUCGGCACGAAAGGCACAGAAACUAAUGCACCGGAUGAAUAUGAUGCGACAGAUUCACGAUUGGCGAGAAUCACUAACUGAUCGACGAACACUUCUCAAGCUUUGUUCUAAUGAGGCGAUGCCAAGUGGUUGGUCGGUUGAACAAGAUGAAGAGUUGUUCAAAGUGGUAGACGAACAUGGUCUGGACAACAUAGCUGCUAAUAUCCUUAAUAGGACGGCUUUUCAAAAGAUAGUAAGACCAGAAGAACGAACUUUGCUGAGACGUGUCGCAGAGAUUUAUACUACUCUUCAAACGAAGAAAUGGAAUGGAGCUGCUUCCACUGAACUGCUUGAAGAUUCUGAUGAUGAACGAGAAACACUGAUGUUAUUGCGCUCAAAACGGGGUCGCAAGAAAAGUGUUAUUCCGGGUGCCGCAAUGCAAGAAUUUGUUGAUAUGGAGAAAGAGAAAAUGCGCGCUUUAGUACAUCAGACAUUCUUGCAAAGGCUGGAACAACUGCCAUUUGCUGCUGCAGCAGCUAUGGCACAAGGCGCUUUUCUUCUUCCAUCGCUUUUAUCGGGUGGUGGAACAUCUACAACAGGAGCAUCAACAUCAGCUCAAUCGCAGGCAGCAAUGCUUUCCAGCUUGUUUGGACUAUCCUCUGCGUCACCUCCAGCAACAUCUGCUUCCACGAAUGCCAGUAAAACAAAUGAAUAUGCAGAGGAUGUACUAAAUUUGAGUACGAAGAAACCACCAAGUAACAAUAGUAGUACAAGUCAACAAUCUACUUCUGGAAUCUCUGCCCCGCCCACAAAUUUUUUGAACAGUUUGAAUUUCACUGAAUUGUUUGCAUUGGCAAACCUUCCACCAGAGACCCGCGUACCAGUGAUUAAUAUUGAAACGGGUGCACGUUUGAUUGGUGAACAAGCGCCAAAAGUGAAAAAUCUUGGACAGUGGCUGUCAGCACAUCCCAAAUAUGUGCUCGAUAUUCCAUCGUCAGCGUCUUCAGUAGUUCCCCCGGUAUCUCAGGUAACAUCCUCAAAACCAGCCGAAAAAAAUGAUGUGAAGUGUGUAUCAGCAUCGUCAGACAAAAUUACUUCAAAGAAGGAAAUCAGUAAAGAAACCCAUUCUAAGGAAAUGCUUACGAUUCAAACAAAUUCAAGUUCAUCGAAAGCGAUAGCAACAGCAUUAACCUUGGAACCUGGUGAAGUUCCCCGCUCUCCCAGUACCACUGCUGCUUCAUCAUCAGCUUCUGCUGCUUCACUUGGAAUUGCUGAUCAGCGGGUCGCUGUUUUCCAACGUGCUAGUGGUACAUUAGUUUCUGCCGAUAAAUGGCCACUGCUGAAGAAUCUUACUUCGUGGCUUGAUAAACAUCCGGAUUGCAAUGUACAUUCAAGCAGUGCAUCACUUGCUGCCACUGUUCUACCAAAAAAUUACACUGAUCGUUUGGGUGAUGAUACGACAUCUAUGUCCUCAUCUUCAAAUGGUUUGGAAACUUUACAAAUGCAAAUGAUGCUUCAGCAGUCGUUAAUGAAUCAAACACUUCUUGGACUUGGGGCUUACGGACAACUUGGAUCAUAUGCAAUGCUUGCAGCUGCAGCAUCUGGUUCUACUCAGCCGAGCAAGGGUUCAUCGAAGGACGUAUUGAAUCCGAUGCUUGCAUCACUAAUGAAUCCAUCAUUGCAUUUGCAACAGAUGCAAUCCCUGCUGACAUUGGAUCCAUCAUUACUGCUCAGUCAGCCGUUUUCUUCUAUUGCAACAAGCAGUAGUACGCUGCCGAUUUCCAGUUUAAAUGUUUCAUCUGUUACAAAACCGCCAACUACUACUACUGCUACUGUUAAUAUUGCUGCUGCAACCACUGCUGGUUCUACUACUACUACUACUACUGCUGCCACCACCACCACCACUACUACUACUACUACUACUGCUGCUGCUACUACUAUUACCACUAUUAGUGUUACUACUACCGUUUCCACUCUCGCUACCACUACUACUGCUGUUGAUACUGUUACAGCUGCUACGACUACUACCACAACCACAGUGGCAAAGAGAGCGUCCAGCAGAGGUCGUCUAAAUGCUGUCGUUGAGAAGCUGUCAUCGAAUCAGAGUUAA